AUGAUUUCCAUAACUCUUGUACUCAUUUCAGUCACUAUCAUUUACAUUGUGGAAUCGAAUCGCUAUGCUGAACAGCUCUAUGAGGAUCUUCUUUACUACUAUAAUAAAAAUGUACGACCGGUCAAGAAUGCCAGUGAAAGUAUCAAAGUGAAAUUUGGCGCAUCGCUCAUUCGUAUCAUCGAUGUGAAAGGUAAGCGAGAGAGCCUGACUGGUCACGGUAGAAGAACCCUCAGUGAAACGGGUGGUAGUUGA